UGUUUGCCUCGGAAUUAGAGUUUGAAAAAUAUAAUACGUUCAAAAUUAUGGAGAGAAAUAAAUGUUUGCCAAUAUAUACAAUGCUGAUGAUAGUAUCGAUGCUGCAAAUUUUUUACCUUGCUGAUGCACAAACGACGAUGGCAGUAGCAGCUACAUCAUCAAGCAAUCAAACGGCAACACAGACUAUUCCUCCUACAACUACACAAUCUCCCACCACUCCAAAUGUAGCGCAAACAACACCGUUCGACAAUUCUUCAGUGAUUUACACGAUUGGUGGAAACGCCGGUGGAGAUCCUUGCGUAUUCCCCAUGGUUUUCAUGGGAGUUACGUAUUAUUCGUGUACGACUGCUGGUAGAUCGGAUGGAUAUAAAUGGUGUGCAACUACAAACAAUUAUGCAGUGGAUUAUAAUUGGGGAUUUUGUCCUCAACCAGUAUACGGGUGCGGUGAUUUUUGGGACGAAGAACCGUUCGGAAAAUUUUGCUAUCAGUUCAAUUUUCAGUCUUCAUUGACAUGGGUGCAGGCGCGGGACGCUUGUCGACAGCAAGGCGCCGAUCUUCUGAGUAUAACAACUCCAAAAGAACAAGGAUGGAUAGCAGGUCGUAUUCAAAUUGUCACAACCGUAAUGUGGCUGGGAUUGAGUGAUAUAACGGUGGAAGGUAACUGGGGAUGGACUGAUCAAUCUCCUCUCACAUAUCUGAACUGGCGAGCAGGACAGCCGAAUAGUUAUGGUGGAAACGAAGAUUGUGGUGCAAUAAUUACAAGAAAUGGAUUAUGGGGAGACACACCUUGUUCAAGACAACUAAGCUUCAUUUGCAAGAAACUUGACGAAUCUUCUACACCGCCUCCGAAAACGACUCCCACGCCAUCAAACUCCAGUGAUAUAAAUGUGGCUUGUUACCAUGGUGAUGGAACUUUUUACAAAGGGAACAAAAACACUACAGUUUCAAACAAAACUUGCAUUAAUUGGAAAGAGCAUACUCCAAAUUUUGGUUUAGAAGGAAGUUUUUGUCGAAAUCCAGAUCAUUCACCAAUGCCGUGGUGCUACACCAGUGAUUCAAAGACUCCUUGGGAAUACUGUGACAUACCCCGAUGUGAAGGUCGAAAAUACUGUAAACAAGGCUGGAAACAGGUCGGAGGACUAUGCUACAGGCUUGGAUGCACUAUACCAUCAAUAUGGACGACUGGUCAGGAACAAUGCAAACGUGACGGAGCAAAUCUUGCACGAAUAAACAAUGCAGAGGACAUGAAUGAAAUUUUUGCAUGGUUAAAACAAAUUCAACCCUGGACUGGCCUCAGUGAAAUUUGGACUGGAUUGAAUGAUCGAAAUCACGAAAUGAUGUUUACAUGGGUUCCCAAACUUACGGUGAAUUUUACUUACUGGGAUAGAGAUCAGCCGGAUGAUAUUAAAGGGACUGAUGAUUGUGUGAGAAUGAAUCUGACAAGCGGGAGAUGGAACGACAUAAACUGCAACACAAAACUUCAGUUUCUGUGUGCCCAAGAACCAACGGAACCUAAUAUACCUGAUACCGGACUUUCAGACGGAAUAUGCCAGGGUAGGCAGUCUGGUGGAACACCAGGCAAAUUCAAUCCAGGGCAAGGUUCAAAUGGAACAUCAAUUCAAUAUCCGACGGCACCUACAUUACCUGGCUGCGAUGACGGUUGGGUUGGAUAUGGUCAAUACUGCUUCAAAUUUGAACACGAUAUGGCCAAUUGGACAAUUGCUUAUAGAACAUGUAAAAAUCGAUAUGGUGAUGAUGCAAAGCUAAUUCUCCCUCACGAUAGAUAUGAGCAGGCUUUCAUAGCAAGCCAACUUGCUCGAUACAGUGGUGACGUGAAGUUCUUCUUGAAUAUGUUGGCAGUAAAUCGACAACCUCACUCAUGGCUUUUCUUGGACGCAAAUUUGGAUAAUUUAACAAAUACAAAACAGAUAUCAUACACUUAUUGGGCACGAAGACAACCUGUUGCACUACCGGAUGUCAAAUAUGGUAUGUGCGGUUACAUCAGUGCUGGGCAUACUGGAGGCUUGUGGAGCGUGGGUGAUUGCUCAGACACUCACCGUGUUGCAUGCAUGAAGAUGAGAGAAGGUGCUACACCAUAUCCUCCUACGCCAUCAACACCUCCUCCUGCCGACUGUCCCGAUGGUUGGGAGGCAAUUGGAGACAAAUGCUACAAAAUUUACGUCAAGCAUUAUCGGAGAGAACGCAAAACAUGGUCUGAAGCAAGAGAUUUGUGCAUUUCAAAUGGUGGACCUGGCAACGUAGGACAAGGCAAUUUGGCCAGCAUACAUAGUGUUCAACAAGAAGAAACAUUAAAGAAGCUUUUGCCAUACUGGGUGCCUGGAACAAUAUGGAUUGGUCUUAGCGACCGAAACGGAGAGGGGAAGUACACCUGGUCUGAUGGCACCACACUGUCUUACAUUAAUUGGGCAGAAAAUGAGCCGAACAAUAAAAAUAAUAACGGAGAUUGCGUUGCAUUUAAUUCGCAUAAGAGUCCACCAGCAUGGAAUGACGGAAAUUGCAACACACUGAGAAGUUGGAUGUGCCAAAUCAAUCGUGGUGCAGUUAUACCUGAUAUGACGAAUGUAACAACGCCUGCUCCAAUAAACUGCGGAGAUUCAUCAUGGGUAUAUUUUAAUGGAAGUUGUUAUUAUUUCAGUCAACGCGAACGAUUAACUUACUACGACGCAAGAGACAGCUGCAUGAAAAAGGGAGGAGAUUUAGUGUCAAUACAUUCAAUGAACGAGCAAGAUUUUCUUCAUGUUCAAAUCCAAAGACAAUCAACGAUGGAAUGGUGGAUUGGUCUCGAUAGCAACACUAGAGAUCGAGAAUUUCUUUGGACUGACGGGACGCCAGCCAACUUUUAUAUGUGGGGAGAAAAGGAACCAAACGAUGUUAAUAGACAAGAACAAUGCGUACAAAUGUAUCAAACGGAGGGACAAUGGAACGACGUAAACUGCGGAAAGCGUUAUGGUUAUAUCUGCAAAAGAUUGAACGGUACCUCAACGACUGCGAUCACUCCAACGCCAGAGUACCGACCAAGGGGAUAUUGUCCUGAGGAUUGGUGGAUUUAUCGGGGUUACUGCAUUAAAGUGUUUGGCAUAGGCGAACAAGACAAGCUGAACUGGACUGAUGCGCGCGACGAAUGUAUGGCAUUAGGAGGAAAUCUCAUUUCGGUUUCAAAUGCUCAGCAGCAAUCGUACAUAACGAGUAUGCUGAUAGGAAUCAAUGCCACCGAUAUGUGGAUUGGCUUGAAUGAUUUAUUUGGUGAAGGCAGUUUUGUAUGGAGAGAUGGAACAUCUUAUCAAUUUACAAAUUGGAAACAUGGCGAACCAAAUAGCCCCGCUUACAGAAUAGCUGCAGCAAAUCAAGACUGUGUGAAAAUGGUGACAGAGAAAUGGAAUGUCGGUCGGUGGGCUGACGAUGUUUGUGCGAACGAAUACGCUUAUAUUUGUGAAAAACAUCGAUCUGCUAAUGCCGAAGAUUUAUGUCGUGACAGCCCGAAGUGGCCUUCUAUGUGUCAGGAUGUAACAAAAAACAAAGAUUGCAAGAAAAUGAGACGAAGGCAAAAAGAAAUGUGUAUGAGAACAUGUCAAAUGUGCGAUAGAUUUAUAAAACCAGCUAAGUCUUCUAAUGCCAAUCCGUGUCAGAAAGGUUGGAGAUCUUGGAACAAUGAAUGCUGGACAUUAACUAAAAAUAAUAUGACAUGGGACGAGGCCACGAAAUAUUGCUCCGAUGCUGGCGCUGAAUUAGCAACGAUAGGUGAUGAAUACACACAAGCAUGGGCUUUCAGUCAACUUGCGGAUCCAACGGAAAAUCCGGACUUAUCUCUUCCAGUAGGUCAGAAAGGUUGGAUCGGAUUGAGACAAUACAAGAGAUCUGAUUCUUACACAUGGAACAGCAAAUGGCCAGUGUUAUACACAAACUGGGGCCGUGGUCAGCCGAAAUCAGCCAAUGGAACCACUCCUGGAUGUGUUAUUAUGGACGGUAAGACGGACAAAAGAAAGCAAUGGCAAGGAGGGUUCUGGUUUGAUACUGAUUGUUCUAGUAAAAUGAUGGCACUCUGCAGAAAAAGCGACAAAAAGCCACCAAAGAAUAUCACAGUUUUUCCUGGAAAAUGCCCUGACAAUUCGUGGGUGCCAUAUAAAGAAAACUGCUACUUAUUCCGAUCGGAACAAAUGUCAACAUGGUACCAAUCAGAGUUCGACUGCUUGAAACUGAAUGCACAUUCUGCUAGCAUACAUUCGGAAGAUGAAUCCAAUUUUAUUAUGCGUCAGUCAGCCAACACGAGAUCAUCUUCAUUCAUUCGGCGCAAUGUUUGGAUAGGAUUGUACAGAUCGCUGGAUGAUGACAGUUACUCGUGGACAGACAAUUCAGCUCUGUCUUAUCUAAACUGGCAGGAAAAAGAACCUACAAAAAGUGGUGGACUGUUUAAAGAGGUUUGCACCGAAUUAUCUGUGUCGAAUGGCAAAUGGUACGAUACGACAUGUAACAAAAUUGGAAUUUCAGUUUGUAAGAUACCAAAAAUGUUAGACGGAUCUGGAAAUUCUGGAAAAACUAUAGGUCCAAAGCCCGCAGCAAGUAACAUUGCUCUCCCAAUUAUUUUGGUUUUCGUCGUGCUGAUUAUAAUUGGAUUUGCGUGUGUAGUGUUUUAUUAUUAUAAAUCACGAAGUGGAAAAGGAAACUACGUUCUUCAGCUGCCUAGCGUAUCAUUUCGUGACUUCUUGUCAACAACUCCUGGCCUGCGAACCUUCAUGACGUCUGGUUCAGGCGAUCAACAAGGUCUUGUAGAAGAAGUUGGAGACGACGAAGGAGACUCGCUUAUGAGUAAAGAUGGUGGAUAUAGAUAAAAUUCAAAAACUGUGACUAUAUAUAUUUCAAAAUUUUUGAAAGCAGUGCCAACUUAUACUUAAUUACAUAAGUAGGAGUAGUUCAUCCUCUGACUGGCUUUUCUCAAAGUAAUUUUCUAACCUGCAUUUUUGAAUGAAUGUAGUCGAAGAGCCUUUCAUUGAUAAUGUGUAAAGGCCUUAAAACUUUUGUCUUCACUAUCAAAAUCAUACAGACGAGCUAUUGUUGACGCAACACCCCACUCGAAGACUACCAGUUCAUAAAAUUUGUAUUCAUAAAUUUGAUGUUUUCAAAAGUAUGGAUAAUAAUAUUUUUGAGAAAAAACUUAGUUUUUAAAAUUUCAGUUGAAAUCUUAAUAACAAGUUGGAAGAAUUACAUAUUUGAUUUUGUUGAAAUUGCACUCGUAAUAAUAGUGCAGUUUUAUAAGUGCAAUUUGUAUUAAAAUUAUUCCAAAUAAAUUCCAUUUGUUAUAA